AUGGAUAUCGAACGUUGUACCCAGCUGUUGCGCGCUGCGCCGGAAGUCAAGAGCAGUUUCGAUAUUGGAAAGUCCUCCCAGGCUACGGAAACAUCCGAUACUCACUCAGCCAACGGAGGAUCAAAUGGCAGAGCUGUGGGAACCUCUGGAGGAAUGGUACAGACACCACAGCUGGCAUUAAAUGCUUCAUCACAACCUCAAGCACUCAGAAGUAGUGCACUUGAGCCGGGAUUCGAUCGAUCAUCAAACAGUCAUAACUUUACGAAUUUUGAUGCUUCCACAAUCCCCAUGAGCCCUUCUGAAAGCGAAUUAUUCCACGCAUGGACCUCAAUCUUGAUUUCUCGAAUCUAUACUCUUUUGGCGGACAUUGAUUAUCUUUACUGCGAACAAGCAUCGGGAACAACAGCGCCGCCGCUUCAAUCUCUGAUAGAUUUGAGUGGUGGCGGCCUACAGCGAGCAAGAGUUUUCAUUGGGCUUUUAUUCAGUAUUGGAUGGUACGAGUGA